AAGAUGCUAAGGAAUGUCUCGAUCGUGCUUCUCUCUUUAUUUAGAGACAUAAGAACAAGACAGGGAUAGAGGGCACGUCACGAACAAGAAGUAGAACAAAUAUGAUGAUUUCAAUAAUGGAAUGCAAGUUGUUUAUGGUUAGUCUAGUGAUAUGUCAUAUCAACAACAUUUUCACCGUAAUUUUUUGUUGUCCAACAAAGUUAUUUAGAAUGUUCACGGCUGUAUUUUAUUAUGGAAAGCUACCAACCCGAAUAUGAGAAGAACGGAUUAUUGUCUGACACAUUCUGGAAGACACCACAGCGCGCAAUCCCGGGUAGGCCGUGUCAGACGGUCAAACGGGCCGAGGUUAUGUCUGGGUCAUCGUAUCAACAGUUUCAGGCGUCAGUGAACGACGCCUGGGAUCUCGGCGACGACGAUAUCAUAUCUGGAAUUGCUGAAACGAAAAUAUCUAAGGCCAUAUCACAAACCGCCGCUUUGAACGUGAUAAAUUCGCAUAGGAAUAGUAGCAAGAACGUAAACAAAAAUGACGUAAAAGUUGAGAGUGAAAUAGUGAAGCCUAAGGUUGAGGCAGUGGAAGUGAAGAAAAAUGAGGUUCGGAAGGUGGGUGGUGGUGCUGGGAGCUCAGGGCCCAUGCGGCACUACCCUGGGCGACCGCGGCCGGUGCGGUGGUCGGCGCUCACAUCGCGCGAGGAGAGCAGUGAAUCUAAGCUGGAGAGGUUCCAGCAGAUGCACGACAGCACAGUGAUAGACCUCGACGAUCUCAAGCAGAUAAGCUGGUCUGGCAUCCCAGUCAAAGCUAGAGCUAUAACAUGGCGCCUCCUGGCCGGCUACCUCCCGCCGAACGCGGAACGCCGCGUGGAGACACUGGAGCGGAAGAGGGCUGACUACAAGCACCUCGUGAGGCAGUACUACGAUGCCGAGAGAGAUGACGACACGUACAGACAGAUACACAUAGAUAUACCCCGCAUGAGCCCACUAGUGGCCUUGUUUCAGCAGAUUACAGUGCAGGUGAUGUUCGAGCGCAUCCUAUACAUAUGGGCAAUCAGACACCCUGCCUCUGGCUACGUGCAAGGCAUCAACGACCUGGUCACUCCCUUCUUCAUGGUCUUCUUACAAGAGGCGGCUCCAGGCCAGGAGUUAGACAACUUUCCACUUGACAAGCUAUCCGAGGAACAACGGGAUAUCAUAGAAGCUGACUCCUUCUGGUGCCUCUCGAAGUUUCUGGACAGCAUUCAGGAUAACUACAUAUUUGCUCAACUUGGUAUACAGUAUAAGGUGAAUCAACUGAAGGAACUGAUUCGCCGCAUCGACUUGCCGCUGCACGAGCACCUGCAGACACACGGUGUCGACUACCUGCAGUUCUCAUUUAGAUGGAUGAACAACUUGCUGACCAGGGAGAUACCACUACCAUGUACCAUACGCCUGUGGGACACAUACCUCGCGGAGUCGGACGGGUUCGCCACCUUCCAGCUGUACGUGUGCGCCGCCUUCCUCCUCCACUGGCGCGAACGACUCAUGCUCGAGAAGGACUUCCAAGGACUCAUGAUACUCCUGCAGAACGUGCCCACACAGAACUGGACCGACUCCAACAUAAGCGUACUCGUAGCUGAGGCCUACAGGCUGAAGUUCGCAUUCGCGGACGCCCCCAACCAUUUACACAAUGCAGGCAAGUCGGACAGAUGACCUGGGUAGUCUGUCCAUGUCUAGAGCACGCGGAACGACGUCUAUUUGUAAAUGAUAUAUAUUGCAUACACCAGGGUCAAUGGUUAACGCUGUCCUGUGUCCCAUUUUUGAGCUAAAGCUUCUAGUACGCCACAAGCACGCUGCAUAUCUAUCAAUCACGUGGCCUGCUAGUGAACGUCUUAUAUUAAUCGAAAUAUCAUAAAAAAACUUUGUAUCAUAAAGCUGUGAUGGAGAAAAAAUGGUGAUAAAAUACAAAAAAAUAUCUGAAUGGCGUUUGUUGUUGUUAUGUAAUAAAUAAAAUGAUAAAAUGGAGUUAAGAGGACCUUUUUAGGCUAGGCUUCUAUGGGGUUUUAUAGUAUAGACUUCUUUCCGUGACGCUGUGGUUGACCAAUGACGUUAGCGGGAGCUUGUAUACAAUUUUGGAUGUUUCGUAACUCGGGAACGACGAUACAAUGCAAUGUGAGGGUGUUUAGCGCCUGUGUGUGAUCAGGGUAUAUGGUUCCAGUAGCUUUGUGGUCCAUGUAUUGAAGUAUAGAACACGACUACAUUUCAGAUGCCGGUAACGUUUGCCUUCAACAACUACUCUGAUAUUAUUGUUGUAUUUAUUCUGCACUCGUAAAUACGUGUACUUGUAGACGGCAAACGAUUACUCGACUGACUUUUCCUUCACUGGUUUUCGAAACCAAUUGCAUAUGGAAAAUGAUGGUUCAUAAUUUAAUAUCGGACUGUGCAUACCCACUCCUUAGAUUUUAUAGUUGGCAAUCAACACGCCAUAUUAUUGGUUUUGCUAUAUAACGGCCUAAUGGAUUUAGUUUAAUAUGUUUGUGGUGCGUUUGUGUAAUAUUUAGUUUUUUAGUAAAUGUUACACAUUUCGUGAACCACUAGUUUAUAAAGGGCAGCUAUUUGCUGUAAAUAGGCGGAUUGCACCAUGCUGUACUCUUUUUUAACCUCUAUGAAUAUAUGUGCCCCUUGUACAGAUUUUCUAUACCGAUACAGAUAUCGGCAGACAACUUGAGUAUCGGUUUAAAUUUGGUAGGAGGCUCUGUGUUUGUAUGAUAACUUGUGUCAAAUGUAUACUUGAAUUGCUAAUGCUAAGUAUUGCUAAUUAUACAAUCGCGUGAUUUAAACAAAUGAAACCUCUCUUGUCCUAUUUUGCCCAAAA